AACAAGCUUUCAUUGCGAAAUGUCGCAAAAAGAGUGCUUGAGAAGAAAAAAAAGUUGGGUAACCUGUGCCACGCUCCGUUCGUGAACAUGCCAGGCUUGUGAGCAUGAAAACAUUUCACAUAGCUCUUAAAAAAUACUUAAACUAUAAACAACGCAUUUUUUUUGCUUCUCACUCAGUGAAUAAAAAAGACUGCGCCGACAUUUACAGCUGCGGUCAAACCGUCAGCGGUGUGUACACAAUCCAUCCUGACGGCCAACAGCCCUUGGAUGUCUAUUGUGACCAGACCACUGCCGGUGGAGGCUGGACGGUAUUUCAAAAGAGACUGGACGGCUCUGUUGAUUUCUACCGUGGCUGGAAUGACUACAAAGCGGGGUUUGGGCACUUGAAUGGCGAGUAUUGGCUGGGACUUGAUAAGCUGAACAAGCUAACCACGAACAACCACAAGAGAUACAAACUGCGCGUGGAUUUGGAGGAUACUGCGGGAAACACGGCGUUUGCCGAGUACGGUUAUUUUGCUGUGUCCAGUGAACAAUCCAAGUACCAGUUAAGUCUUGGGACGUACUACGGAACUGCAGGUGAUUCCUUAUCUCCACACAAAAGUUUCCCGUUCACAACUAAAGACUGUGACAAUGACUCAGAUGGAGGUCACUGCGCUGUCAGUUAUCAUGGCGCAUGGUGGUACAACAGCUGUCACGGCUCCAACUUGAAUGGUGCUUAUCAUCAUGGCGCCCACGAUUCCUUCGCUGACGGUGUAAACUGGGUGACCUGGAAAGGAUACCACUACUCUGCUAAACGCGCGGAGAUGAAAAUUCGACCCGCUGAUUGGAUUCCACUGUAAACAUUGGGUAUCGGUAGUUUAGCUUCCAUGGGCUGUUUUUGAAAGUAAUCUGGUUAAGAGUAAUGAGAAAGUUUAUCACUAGCGUAAAAAUGUUGCAGAACAAGGUUUUAAACUGGAUAACCUUUAAAAACUUCGGUAAAUUAAUUAAAGGCAGUUGUUGACUUGCGUAUUUCUAAGCUGUAGCA